CUUAAGAUAUCAAUUUCACCAUGAACUUUCACUGCCGUCAUUGCCUACAACCUAAAACAAUGGUUAAACAAAUUAAAGAAAUGGCUGACCAAAUCGAAUUCCGGUUGGGGGAGUUUGAAGACUACACUUCCUUCGCUCUUCCAUACGGAAAUAACCGGAGCGGUUGUGGAGGAUUCGAGUGGAGCCGAGAUCAGUUCUGCUUGGGUGUCGGACACAGUUACGUGUUCCAAGAAACGUGUACAUCUAAAAAUGACGGAUAAAAAAUCUUUGUCCGUAGAAUUCGCCGAAGGAAAUAACAGUGUCAACGAAAUCACGGAUAAAAGUCCACUCUUUUGGGAGGAGCAUAUACGAAAAGUUAAAUCAAUUGCUGGUCACAUCGGACUUUUGAUUACUUUGAUGCUGUACACGGCGAUCGGCGCUUUAGUUUUUCGACAUAUCGAACUUCCGGCCGAGCUGGCGCGUUUGGAAAGUUUGCGCGCCAAUUUGCGCAUCCACCGGCACUCGUUCGUUAACUCUAUUUCUAAUAACACUGAUGUCUCAAAUUUACGAACAUUGGUCAGCGUGAAAUUACGUGUUUACGAAGAGGCUGUCCAAGAAGCAGCGCAAGGUGGUCUGUUGAUAAGUUUUGUGACAGAUACAAUCGAUCAAGCAGAUCGAAACACGAGCGAAUUGCCGCCGAUUGUUACUGAGAGAUGGAGCAUUCUCCAAGCUGUUUUUUUCGCAAGCACUGUUCUUACUACUAUCGGAUACGGAAACGUUGUACCUUCUACUAGUUGGGGAAGGAUGUUCUGCAUUUUGUUUGCUUUCGUCGGAAUACCAUUAACGUUAAUAGUUAUAGCCGACUGGGGGAAGUUAUUUGCCAAGGUGGUAGUUAAAGUCGGUUUGGCCGUGAAAUCGAAACUUCCGUUUCGUUUUUCCUUCGCUUGGGUUCCGACCAACUCGACCGGAAGGCGAUCGCUCGGUGCUUUGGCAGCAAUCUUACUUCUUUUUCUAUACCUUGCUUGUGGUGCAGGUAUGUUUAUGUUGUGGGAAGAUGAUUGGGACUUCUUUGAUGGAUUUUACUUUUGUUUCGUGACCAUGACCACAAUUGGAUUCGGUGACUUGGUACCGAAAAAACCAAAGUACACGUUACUCUGCACGCUGUACAUUCUGGUUGGCCUGGCGUUAACGAGCACCAUCAUUGAACUUGUGAGACGACAAUACGCUCAAUCGUGGAGAAGACUACAGAGACUUAGCGGUCCGUUAGCAGAAACCAUUCGAAGACUUGGCGAACAGGCUGGAGGUGACAUGUCCGCGCUUCAUUCGGACCUCAGAAAAGUAUUGACGGUGAUAUCAAUGCCACGUUUAAAGUGGUCAGCUUCGUUCAGUCGAGGAGAUUCGAAAGAUCAAGAAUGGGAAGAGGCGGUGGAGGCUGUGCUUCGCGACAUUGCCGCAAACGCGAACAACACUCAAAUGAAAACAAAGCCGAUAGUUCAAAUUGUCAUUUACGAAUCAAGCGUCUGACUGGUAUCGAAUUUUAUAAUUGUCUUAGGAUAACGUUUGACUACGUUUACGUCGUUUGGUUAUACUUUCAGAUAUUUCUGUGUAAACGUUACGUUAAAUAUUGCCAUGGAAACUGUCGACAAUUAAUUAUCUGUGACGCUUGACAAGUAUGCCAAUUAGUGUGCCAAUUAAAGGUAUUUUUCGUAUUACCCGCGUAAUCUGCGCGCGCAGCCUGGUAGAAUUGUGAGCGCGCAGAUAGCAACAGCCCCGAGUUCGAUCAGUAGUCCUAAUGUUGGACCGACCGAAUCGACGAAAACAAUAAUUUGUCACUGAAGGAGUUGCUAUAUUUAGAAUUGGUGGUACCGCACGAAGCAGAACAGGAAAGGUUGUACUGCGUUCGUUGUCAACUCUUACUCAGUGACGACUGCGACAGUGGUAGAGUUAAUAAUCAAGGCUCGAUGGUCCAGAUCAUGCAAAACAGAAACGAGAAGCCGUCGGCUAUCGUGUGUAUUGCGUACCGUCAAAUGAGUACGAUGACCGGUAUUAAAGAUCCUACCGAGCCACCGAAAUUGGAAGAAAUAAUUCAAGGGAACAAGCAGCACAAUGCCAUUGUUAAAAAAAGUUUUGCAGACUUUAGCAAUUUAUCUAUGCAAACUUUACUCGAUUUCUCCAGAGAAAUGGCAGAAUCUUUCAGGUUGAUGUUAGAGAAUUUAAGAGUUCGGAUUCAACAGUUUCAUGAAGAAAAUCAGUCUAUAUUUGAUUUAUUUUCAAUUUCUCAUCUAGAAAAAUGGACUCAACGCGAACAAUAAAUUAGACAGAAUUAUCAACAUUUUUCAAUAGAUUUAUGUUUUACAUUGUGUUGUGAUUGAAAACCAUGUAAUUUCAUUAAAAUAUUAAAGUUUAAACACACUUCGUAAAAGGAAAGAUUCUGUGAAUGUUUAAGAUCGUAAAGUUACUUUAAUAAUAAAAUAAGGAUCGAAGAGAAAUAA